GCAACGCUAGCGGGAUGGUGUAUUUUUUGCUAACCGACGUCAACGUUCGCUCGCGGAGACGCUCUACACAUGCGAGAAAGCCCCCUUUUUUGCUUUCUAUCGUGCACGGCAAGGUCAAAGCAGACCUGGGCUUUAAUAAAAGGAGAAAAAAACUGGACGGAAAACCUUCUCGGCCUCACAGCAGACUGGACGCUCUCCCCUCUCUCCUCUCUCAGUCUCUCCGGCGACACACCAGACACCAUGAUGCAAUUAAGGACUUUAAUUUUGACAUCUGUGAUGCUGCCGUGGAUGCUGUCCUCUGCGGCGAAAGAGAAACACAUGAGGAAACCCAAGAAAGAAAUCGUGACCGUUCAAAACUACGAUGCCCUUCAAGACGUCGUCCCAGCCGGCCCGAGAGCCGACGAGCUGCCGACCUGCCUGCUGUGCGUUUGCCUGAGCGGGUCCGUUUACUGCGAGGAGGUGACCCCCGAGAUGUCGGCCGUCCCGGCGCUGCCGAAGGAGACGGCGUACCUCUACGCGCGAUUCAACAAAAUCCGGAGAAUACGACACCGAGACUUUGCAGACAUGGCCACGUUAAAAAGAAUCGACCUCACCGGGAAUCUCAUCUCCGAGAUCGAAGACGGAGCUUUUGCUAAACUCCCGCACCUGGAGGAGCUCAACCUGUCGGAGAACCGGCUGACGAAGGUUCCCGCGCUGCCCGCCAAGCUGCUGUCGUUCAACGCCAACUUCAACCAGCUGAGGGCGCAGGGCGUGAAGCCGGCCGCCUUCAGGAAACUCACGAGACUGACAUACCUUUACCUUGGAAACAACGAGCUGACCGCAGUGCCCCAACUUCCAGAGUCUCUUCACGUCGUUCACCUGCACAACAACAACAUCUGGACCAUAACGGAUGAGACGUUCUGCAAAGGGAACUCCAGCCACUACAUCCGCUCCAACAUGGAGGAGGUGAGGCUGGAUGGGAACCCCGUGGCGCUGUCGAUGCACCCCGACAGCUUCAUCUGCCUGCCCUCUCUCCCCAUCGGCUGGUACGACUGAAAAUAACCCCCGCGCGUGCUUUCUGCCGGAGGUAAACCCCCCGUUUACAAAAAGGCUGUUUCUUACGUUACAUUUCAUGUACACAAAGCUGUGUAGGAUCCGACAGAAAUCAUAUUAUAGAAAAAAAAAGCAAUAUUUAAACACGUUUUGCUUCUCAUCUCGAAUGGGUUUUUUUUUUGCACAAAUGCCGGCAGAUUUUUUGACAUAUAAAGACUUUCUGUAUUUUCCAUUUUGUCGCAUUUUUA